AUGGCGAUCAUACUUUUGGUUGAGACUGGUGUGGCUUCACCUCGAUCCUCAUACUCGCCACCAACGCCGCCACCCAAAGAUACACCAAAGCAGCGCAAGAAGAAGCACCGUAAGAAAGCUCACUACGCCUCGGUCAUCGAAGCGAGCCCAGUAGCAGCAAGAAAUCAUCCACUUAGUGAGGAGGUCAUGGCAUCAGCGUUCGAGAGGCGCAGGCGCAGGCAGCAUCCCUCAUCUGCCGAGCGCGAAGGGGACGGAGUCCAAAAUCUCUUGCAAGGUGAAGCUCACAUCACAUGGCCCAUAGCCGAAAACGGCCUAUCAGACCUCCCUGCUAAUGCUUAUCCGAUAGUACCCAGCUCUACACCUCUUCAUGUCCGACAUCCGAGACCUUCGAGAAUAGCAUCACCAUCUCCUUUCGCGAGAGCAUCUCCAUCGUACGCGGACACUACCUCGCACGCCAAGUCAAGUUCCAAUGAUGGGGGGGCUGUCAUGGCCGGUGAUCUGCUCACUUCAUUCCCGGAGACUAGUCUUGCGAUCCUCGACACAGCUUCAAUGGAUGAUCAUGGCAAGGCAAGGCACAUACCCCGUGAUGAGCUGGGAUUGGAAGGUCCUGAUCUGAGAGCCCUAUUGAGGGAUCUAGACCACCAGGAAGAGGAGAAGGAGCUUGCUAGUACAGUGCCCAAGUCUUCAAUGCAAUGGGAUAGUGAAGACGAAGAGCGAAAUGGAGCCGAGGUCGAGGUCGAGGUGGAUGGGAAGCGUCGCUGGCGCAGCAAGCUGAUGAAGAAGCCCAAGCGCAAGUCCGACGAGUCUAACGAGUCUUCACGCAGCUUCACGGAUCCAACCAAGAUCGCAGCCAAAUGGAAGCAAAAAAUCUCAUCUGCGAGAUCGAAGGCGUUUGCGGAUGCGCCGGGCGACUCACUCACUGCGCCAAUGCAGUUGGCGAAAACAUUCACUUUGCCGGAUCACAUGCUCAGCCCUGCUACCUCGAGCUUCUUGAAUGCACAGUCCGACAACGCUGAGGUGCCUGGUCCCGAAGUCACGCCUUGGAUCUAUCAAGAAGAGCUCGCUCGUAUCACCAGUAGUACUACAGAAUUCAUAAGGCUACAUCCACCUCCGCCCAUCCCUAAGACCAACACGACACCUGCCGAACGUGGUCUGCGAUCUGUCAAGUCUGACUGCUCGAUCCGCACUACAGCUGCCGGAAACAAGAUCGCGGCUGAGAUUGGUCCUGCGAAACGUGCUGUUGCACUCUCCACUGCCAAGUUCAAGCACAGUCCGACUUUCCACAUCACGCAAGCGGUAGAAUCGAGAUUGAUAGCUGUACCAGCAUCAAUCAAGCACGAGUGGGAGGAGGCGAUCCAAACGACCAGAGCUAAGGUCAAGGCGGCGAAGCUUCAGAUGGAGUCUGCUGUGAAAAGCGCACACCAACAUCUCGACAAGCAUGACGUAUGGCGCAAGAAUGGCGAUAGACUGAUUGCACGUGCCAGCCGCCUCGGCUACGCUCCAGUCGUGGACUGGGACAAAUUGACCACGAAAGAGGUUGAAGCUUUUGGGUAUGCUCUCGAACGAGACUCAGAUGAUGAGGUCAAGCAGAUGUUCCGCCAUGUCGGUGAGCAAGCUGCGAAGGAUGCAGUCAUCAAGCACUCAUACUUGAAGAAGCAGAAAUGGCUUGAUGAGCGCACCAGGGCAGCCCGAGCGGAUGGACGCCUAAGCGCCGAGCAAGAUAAGAAGUUGAGGACCGCGUCACAACUCAUCAGUAACGCUAUCAUAGCAGUCGAAGAAGGUCGUGAAGACGAUGCUGUGGCGAUGAUGAAGCAUGCAAGCGACGAGCAAGGUAGCUUGCUCGACACGCCAGAGAAGCGAGACCAUACCAACCACAACCACAGGCGAUCGGAACGCGCUUCAGCCGAGUCGGAGCGUAUGCGCACAUACGAGGCUUUGUGUACUGCUGGUCAAGAUUACAGUCAUGUGACCACUCAAGCGGCAGCGGCUGGACUCGGCAUUACUCUCGAUGAAGAUAUGGGUAUGGCUGGAGCGAUGAACACCCCACAGCGGCCACGGGCAGUGUCAUACACACAAUCAGAGCUUGACGAUUUUAUGGCGUCAGCAGGCUCUUCAAACAGAAGCUCCUUCCAAGUUUCAACGCACUCUGUGGGCGCCGUCUCCCCGACAUCACCGCUUGCAGACCGACCACUCAAAGUGCAGAGAUCUCCUCUGGCGCCACGAGACAAGUUUGGAAAACCAGUGUUUCACCCGCACAGAGAUGGUGAUUUCGUGCGGAAGAUCCAGGCGGAAGCAGAACGUGCCAAGGCUAUCAGAGCUAUGGGCAGCCAUCCUGCUUUGCGUGCGACCUCUCAUGUGGAAUUAGAGCUCGGUCCAGCAACAGCGCCGAUGCUCCAGCUGAACGACGUGUCUGACUUCCGGCAGCAGCUUCGCACCGACAAGCAUGAUAGUAAGGAGUACGAAGACGAAGAGCUUUAUCUGCUUGAGGACUACGGCUCCGACUGCGAGGAUGAUAGUCUGAAUGGACGAAUCUCGGCCAUGACCUGGGACUACAAUAACGAGACUGAAACGGCCCAGCUGGAAGAGCAGUUGAUUCAGCUGGAAGACCAGCAUGAAGGGUCCACAUGGAGCCCUCUCGCGUACCAGAUCGGUCUGAGUCGACUGAGCAAAUUCAUGGAUUUGCAGUAUCCAGGAUCUCCUCAGCAGCCGCAGGGAGACGAGGAGGAAAUCGAGUACGUUGAUAACCCGGACUACGAUCAUCACACAGUAGUCAAUGCCAAGCAAACUGUCAGCCUUACUGGACUCGGGGUUCAGGAGUUCGUGACUCCUACUAAAACGGCCAAGUCUCGUGCUAUCACCACCACGCAACAUAACUCCAACAGCGUUGGGCUUAGAGCUCAAAAACUCACAACUCCUAGCAGGCAAACAAAACAACAGCCAGUUCCCAGACCAACAAUGAGUGUAGACAUUGACGAUGUGAUCGCACAAUGGGAGCGCAAGCCACGCCAACUCCUAGCAAGCCGUGGCACAGACGUAUCUCCCUCGAAUGUUCCGGCGAUCAGAGGCGCAGUGUCGGAGACGCACCUCCUGCGCGUUUCUCUUGGUCUCCUGCCACUGAAGACUCGGAAACCAAGUUCAGGCCCGAAGCAUCCCCAUCAUGACUACGAAUGGGACACCGAGAAGGUAAUGUGCUAUGGUAAGCAUACCGGGAGGUCGAAGAUCGUUGAGCUCAACCCUGUUGUGCGAGAGCAGCUUCGCCAAGACGAAUAUAGAGAACGUGGGAGAGCGUUCGCAGAGCGCCUCACGAUAGCGAAGCCAGAAUCGCCUUCUCCUCAUUUCAAGGCACUCACAAAGCUUCGCAUUGAUGACUAUCAGCAACGACUUCGAGAUCCUUCGCCCGAAGUAAAACAGAAACUCCAGCGUUGCGCGAGCGUGGCCGGCUGGAGUGGAGACCUUUGA